GGAGCCGACGUAAGGGGAGGGGAAGUGUAGUCGGUCCAUGACAUGAAUGAACCAUGUUCGGUAACGGAGGCUUAGCUCUCCCGGUUUGCUCCUUUCUCCUACUACACCUCCCGGUUCUCCCGCUAACGAACAACUGGUCCGUUAAGGACAGAAGUGAAGGGAGGGUGGAGCAGCAUAACAUCCAUCUACAAUCACACACCUCUGGAAGUCAGAAUGUCAAACAGACAAGCAACAAGGAGGAUGUGUUUCAGUGGUGGGGGGAGUGGUCCAGUUGGUCGUCUUGUUCCAGGAGCUGUGGGGGAGGAGUGAGGAGUCAGGAGAGACACUGUCUCAUACAGAGGCUGUCCACCACCCAGAAUGUAAACAGCUCAUAUUGUGUUGGCUCUCCUAAACAGUACCAGCUCUGUCCAAACCAGCCCUGUCCCAGCCCCAGUGUGAGCUUCAAACAGCACCAGUGUUCCCAAUUCAAUUCAAAAGCCUUUGGAAGAAGAUACUUCCAGUGGAUACCUCUUUACCCAGCUGAUUACAUCAGCAUCUCCAAUAAGCCAUGUGACCUGCAGUGUACAACCAUCAGUGGUGAGCGACAGCUGCUAGUUCCGGCCCAUGACGGUACGUUCUGCCGCGAUGCCAAAUACCAUGGAGUCUGUAUAGAGGGAAUAUGUCAGCCUGUAGGUUGUGAUGGAGAGCUGUACAGCAGUAAGACAGUAGACAGAUGUGGAGUGUGUGGAGGCAACGGGACGUCUUGCAAGCGCAUCUCUGGAUCAUACAGGAAGGCACUCACACAGUUAGGCUAUGUGUUCAUUACCAACAUCCCAGCUGGAGCCUCAGACAUUCAGAUCAUAGAGAGACACAAGACUGAGAACAUUCUGGCCCUGUCAGAUGAAGCUGGUCAUUUCUUCUUCAAUGGAAACACUGUGUUUGACAAUCCUCAAAACUUCCAUGUGGCAGGAACAGUGUUUAAAUACCGACGUCCAAGCAAUGUAUUCUCUGAUGGGCUGGAGUAUAUAAUUGCCCAGGGACCAACACUUCAGGGCCUGAAUGUUAUGUACUAUAACCUGAAUGGGAAGCUGCCCCACAUCACCUAUGAGUACACCAUCCCUCACACAUCUCAUGACAUCACUGCUGCAGAAGGCAUCACCACAGGCCCCUCCCACCUCCGUCUUAACCUCACCUAUAACGAGGUAAACCAGGAUGUCAGAGGGCAUCAACUUAGAGCGACCAAUCAUAGCAGAGGGAGCGAGACAUCUGUUCAUCACUACAACACCCAUCUGGGAGCUAAUGACCAAUCAGAUGUCCAGCUGAAAGAAGACAAAGAGGAGGAGGAAGUAGUGUGGGAGAUCAGGACACCCAGCCCUCCACCCCCAGCUGCCAUGUUGGUCUACAGAGCAGCUGAUGUCACCAGUCAUGUAUUUAAUCAUAAUGAUGUGGAGGAGCAGGGACCUCCAGUACCAUCUGGCUACCGAAGUUCCUCCAACUCGAUUGAUGAGCCAUCCACUGCUGAUGACAACACUGUAGUGCUCCCUUUCCCAGGUAGUCAGAGUGUUCAUACUGCAGCCCUGCCAGAAGAUGCCUCCUACCUGCUACUGGAGGACUUACAUUACAACCAGACACACUCAAACACACACUCUGUUGAGCACACACUCACUGAUCCACAUGCAGCAGUAGAAACACAUGUGCAAAUGCUGUCUGCCACAGACACAGAAAUACACACACACCCACAGCUGGAAAUACACUCAGACUUGCUCACGGUUACUGACACACACUCCAUCACGCACACAGAAACAGAAACUGGCACACACUCACACACACACACUGCCAUCUUGGUACAGCUGCAACAGGUGCCUGCAGUCCAGGCAGCCAACACAGAGAGUAAUGACUUUGAUGUGGGUCUUGAGCCAGAUAUUAGUCUGGCAGACAUGUAUCGCUGGAAGGUUUCAGCUUAUGCUCCCUGCAGCUCAACCUGUACAACAGGUAUCACCACUAGCUAUGCCCUUUGUGUCCGAUAUGAUGGUAGCGAAGUUGAUGACAGUUACUGUGACUCUCUGACCAGACCUGAGCCUACGCAUGAGUUCUGCAGUGGGAAAGAAUGUCCUCCAAGAUGGGAGACCAGUGGCUGGAGUGAGUGCUCUCGGACCUGCGGUGAAGGCGUUCAGUAUCGUACUGUGCGCUGCUGGAAGAUGCUGUCGCCUGGUCUUGACUCAUCUGUCUAUGAUUCACUGUGUCUGUCACAUGACCUUCACAAACCAGCCAAUAGGAAGGCCUGCCUUGGCCAGAGCUGCGGGCCCCAGUGGGAGGUGUCUGAGUGGUCAGAGUGCUCGGCGCGUUGUGGCUCUCGGGGUGUCCGUUCUCGCGAGGUUCGUUGCUCCAUGGAAAUGAGACUAUGUAACAGGUCUUCUCAACCAAUAGAGAGUCAGGAAUGUGAUGGCCCACCCUGUGACAGAAGGUGGACGGUUUCUGACUGGGGACCUUGCUCCGGUGUGUGUGGAGAGGGAAGGAUGGCACGUGCAGUGACGUGUCGAUCAUCCGGUGGGGUUGUGAUGUCAGAGGAACAGUGUGAUCAAUCACUGCGCCCGCUGGCUAUCUAUCCCUGUGGCGACAGAGAUUGCGCCCCUCAUUGGGUGGAACAGGAAUGGCAACAGUGCAAUGCUACAUGUGGGCGCGGUGUGCGUCAGCGUCAGGUGGUGUGUGCUGGGCUGGAGAGUGGCGUGUUCAAAGAGUUUCCAGACAGCAGCUGCGACCGAACCAACAAACCAGAGACCAGCUCCUCCUGCUUCCAGAGACCCUGUUCCAAAUGGUUCACCACAUCCUGGUCUCAGUGCAGUAAGACCUGUGGGAGUGGUGUCCAGGUUCGAGAAGUGAAGUGUUACCAGGGGGAGGAGCUGGUAACCAGGGGCCACAGCUGUGACUCUGCCCUCAGGCCCGAAGCCAGACAGAGCUGUGAAAUCCAGAGCUGUCCGACAGAAGCACCAGCAGCAUCAGUGGCAGUAGAAGACUCCUGCCAAGACAAACCAACAGCCAACUGUGCCCUGGUCCUGAAGGUGAAACUGUGCUCCCACUGGUACUACAGAAAGGCUUGCUGCCAGUCCUGUAAGGCACCAAGACCCUGAAGUCUUAACUGUAACCUCUCACCUCAACCACUAAACACAAACCACUGGUACCAAAGGUCACAUUACAUUUAUAUUUUUAUAUUGGUGCUACACAAAAGCCUGCUGCUAGCAAUGUAAGGCCUUAUCACAUUCAUUUUAACCUUGUAACUCUUUCCCCUGUCACUGAUAUGGAAGGUCAACCUGUGGUCACUGGCUUUAUUUCCGCCCUGUCAAUGUUAUAUCUGGUUUCCUCACAGCCAGAAUUGCUUCUUAAAGUAAAUGUUUUUUGUUUUUAAUGGAGUAGUAACUCCACUACAAAAGGUUACCAAUCAAAAUUAUUGAUAAUGCUUCCUCAGAGAGUCAUCAGGAAUAUUGGUUUGCCGAUAAAAAAACAGAUCCUGCUCUGUAGGUGGAAGUUAAUCUCAAGUACUGAAAACAUAAAACAGCUCCAAACCCCUUCAUGACAGAAUGUGCAUGGCUUUAGCCCGCUCCAUCUGACCAAUGCCCAGACCAUUUACCUAGUCUGCCACUAAAUCUACUCACUGACCACCCUCUCCCCGACAAUGUGAAGAUAGAAUGGCUUUAGGACACACUGGGCUUUCACUUCAUCCAUUUCCUUAACUCCAAAAUAGAAAGAGCAAACACUCUUUGAGUCUUUAUUUCUUCCUUAUUCCCAUUCAUCUUAAUGUCACACUCACCAAGUUAAGAGGUUGCCUGUGUCCAUCACUGCAGGUCACUCCAUCCCAUUUUAACAGUGGUGCUAACUACAGUAAAUGUCUGUAAUGUAGCCAUUCACUCACUUCUUAAAGGUCCAGUGUGUAGGAUUUAGGGGAUAUAUUGGCAGAAAUGGAAUAAAAUAAGUUUUCUUUGGUGUAUAAUGACCUGAAAAUAAGUGUGUCAUUUUGUUUUCGUUACCUUAGAAUGAGCCGUUUAUAUCUACAUAGGGAGCAGGUCUUCAUGUAUGGAGAUGUGCCAUGUUGCACCGCCAUGUUCUACAGUAGCCCAGAAUGGACACACCAAACACUCGCUCCAGAAAGGGCUAUUUGCGUUUUCAGGUUGGCAGUGCAACAGUUGCACUGAUUUGCAAUGUGAAACUGCGUUAUUCAGUGUUUUUACUGGUUUUCCGUUUUGUUUUGGAGAGUAAAAGACUUCUGUAGAUAAUUCGGCUUCCGGGGACAACCUCCUGAAUGUCUGGAUCUUAUGUUAUUAGAGAAAAAAGGUGACCACUCAUUAGCAUGUGUUGGACUGGCCAACCACAGCAACAUGCCAAACAGCAUUGGAAAUACAUGGAUUUAUAAUGUGAAACUGCGUUAUUCAUUGUAUUUACUGGUUUAAGUCACCAGGAAGAGACUUCUGUGGAGAAUUCAGCUUACAGUAAAAACCUCCAUAUCAAUGAACACUGAAGGAAUUCUAGCUGGAAGAAGUUUCAGCUGGUUGCAAUCUGCAAUUCAUCACUAAAUGCCACCAAAUCCCCCCAUAUGUUACCCACUUCACCUUUAACGUUCUGUGCUUUGCUAAAAAGGGUGCAUCUAAAACACAUAAAAGCCCUGAGGCAGCUUUGUUGUAACCGUAGCAACAGACAAGGACAGACUGGACCAGGUAAAAAAAUACUGCAACUGAGCCCCCUCAGCCUGUACAUAGACGUAUACAGCCCUGUGCACAGUUUGCUCAGGUAGUACCAUUGGUGCCAUGCUGAUAUGUUAACUAUUCUCUUACUUCUGCCAUUUAAAAGUGUGUAUUUACACAACAUACAACAGACACAACACAGCCUGCUAACAUACACUGACUAAUGAAACAGUUACUCCAAACUUAACUAUUGCUCCUUUUAAAGCACAGUUCCACAAAAGAUUGUUGCUUAAUUAUUGUAACUAGGGAUGCAUGAUAUGUUUUUUUUUUCAGCAGAUACCAAUAACAGAUAAUUUCCUACUCUCAUGGCGGAAACUGAUAUGAUAAUCAAUAAUUUCACAUUUUUGUAUUUUAAGAUUUUUGGGGGGAUUUUGCCUUCAUUCAAUUGGACAGAUCAAGCUUAAAGGGGGAGAGAGAGGGGAUGACAUCCAGCAAAGGCCUGCAGCUUGGAACGGAACCUGCGGCUGCUGUGGCAAGUAUACUGCCUUUGUACAUGGGAGGGAUACCCGCUCUACCCACUGAGCUACUGGAUGCCCUACAUUUUUAUAUUUUAAAAAGAAGUUCAUAACCUGUAGUUUAUGCACAUCUGAGGGUAAGAAAGGCUAAGAUGAAGUGAGAAAAUACAGAUGAUUUAAUAUUCCAUAGCUCUGACCUAACCAAAUCUGACUUCACUAUUGUUGACACAGCAAAAAAAAAAUUGGAUUUUAGCCACUGCUCCUGUGUUUGCCAGUCUAGCUGCCAUCUAGCUCGAGCUGACGUUGAACUUAGUGUUCGCCAGUAAGGCAGUGGCACCAGGGAUGGUACUUCAGCGCUGCAUCUGACCCCCGACACAAUUAUGUUGUCUUCCACUAAAACUGUGAAAAACAUCUGCACUGGCGACAAACAUGUUUGGCUCUCGAGUUCACAUGCUCUUGCUCUUCUUCUUCUCUUUGUUUAUUGAUGGUGUAGAUGCUGCGCCAGUUAAGUCAAUGAAAGCAAUUUGGCUUUGUUUUAUUGGUUCUAUUUGUUGGCUAUAAUUUUAAUAUCGCAAUAACAAAUAAUAAUAUAAAUUUCCUAUCAACAGCUUAUAAUCUAUCGGCCCGAUAUAAAUCGUGCAUCCCUAAUUGUAAACAGCAGAUGCAUGUCAAAGCUUCAUUUUAGCUACAAAAUGGCAGCACCUCCUCACAAAGCCUCCCUUUGGAGCCACAGAAAUCUUCAUAGAACUUCUUCAUAUAUGCAGUGGUGCUCCCCAACACCUGUAAACACACUGAUGUGAAAAAAAGACUAUCAAAAAAAUAUAUGCUCCUGUAAACAUCUCAGCUGUGACAGUUCAACAAUGAAUUCAAUGAAAGUACAUCACUGGAGAUGCUUGCCUGAGAACAGAAGAAACAGCUGAGGAGCAGGAAUGUGGUUCUGAAACAACAUGGCUGCCAGUGAGAAUGGUUGGGGCCAAACUCUCAUGUAUCCAAAACACUGUGUUCACCUGACUGUUACUGUCCGUGUUGUUUACCUGUUGUUCCAGCAGUCACAAAGCUGCUGCUGUUGUUGUUUGUGCUUACUGUGUCACACAUAAAGAAUAAAAAUGAGCUAUA